AUGCGGAGAAUACGGGAACCGAGUUACUGGUGGAUUUUAUCCUUAAUUUUUUUAACCUUGCCCAAACACAAAGACUGUCAACCUGUUGGAUCGGGUGGCCAGCCUCACCACGCAGGAGGGGGCCAUCAUGGAAACACAGGCGUAAUGAGGGAGAGGAGGACAGCUGGUGACCCCUACUGGUCCUAUUCAGGAAGCCACGGACCUCGGGGCUGGGCAGCCUUAUUCCCAGAAUGUGCUGCGAAGAACCAAUCACCUGUGGAUAUUGCAGACGAACAAGCCCUGGUUUCAGAGGAGUACCAGGAGCUGGUGCUCGACAAGUUCAACAUGGAGUCCUCGAACCAAACAACCAUGAAAAACACUGGAAAGACAGUUGCCGUCCUUCUGAAGGAUGACUACUUCGUGAGAGGUGCUGGACUGCCAGGGCGCUUUAAGGCUGAGAAGAUGGAGUUCCACUGGGGCCAGAGUAAUGGAUCAGCAGGCUCUGAGCACAGCAUAAAUGGCAGGAAGUUUCCUGUGGAGAUGCAGAUCUACCUUUAUAAUUCAGACGACUUUGACAGCCUCAGUGCCGCCAUCAAGGAAAGACGCAUCAUCGCUGCCAUGGCCGUUUUCUUUGAGCUUGGACAAAAAGACAACCCAGCUGUGGACCCUAUUAUCCAGGGACUGAAAGGAGUGGUUCAUCAUGAAAAAGAGACCAACCUCAGGUCGUUCAUCUUGAGGGAUCUGCUGCCGUCGUCGGUGGACAGUUAUUACCGAUACACCGGCUCUUUGACCACCCCGCCCUGCAGCAAGGUAGUGGAGUGGAUCAUCUUCUCCAGGCCUGUCUACGUGUCCCACUCGCAGCUGGAAGCGUUUUAUUCCAUCUUUACAACGGAGCAACAGGACCAUGUCAAGUCUGUCGAGUACCUGAGGAACAACUUCAGGCCGCUGCAGGACCUGGACAGUCGGAAAGUUUUCAAGUCGGCCGUAAAAGACGCGUGGCAGAGAGAUUUAACAGAGAUCCUGGGAAGCCCUUAUAGCACCGAGGCCUCAAGAGUGUGCAGCAGUGCCCCUGUGAACAUGAAGAUCAAGCCAGUGAACCAGACGGCUUUGAUGGUGAGCUGGGAACGCCCUCUGACAGUCUACCACCCACCCAUCACCAGCUACAUGGUCUCCUACAGCUGGGUGAAACGUGACGUCGCUGAUGAAAAGACCUUCACAAAGACCGGGGACCAGAGCAUGAAAGCAGUCAUCACUAAUGUGUCCCCCGACGCGCUGUACCUGUUCAGGGUGCAGGCGGUGUGUCAGCAUGACCUGCGCAGUGAUUUCAGCCAAACGCUGCUCUUCAGAGCCAAUACAACAAGGAUAUUUGAAGGCUCUCGUAUUGUGAAGACGGGGAUGCCCACCAUUUCUCCAGCGUCCUCUGCAGACAUGGCUCCCAUCAGCUCCGGUUCCUCCACUUGGACGUCCUCCGGUAUCCACUUCUCCAUCGUUUCCAUGGCAACGGGGAUGGGCCCGUCCUCCAGCGGCAGCCAGGCCACUGUGGCCUCGGUGGUGACGAGCACUCUGCUGGCGGGCCUGGGCGUCGGCGGAGGGGUCAUCUCCUCUCUGCCCAGCUCCGUGUGGCCCACACAGGCGCCUCAAGGCACACACAACCCCACGCAAGCGGCGGCGCCACCUGCGAAGUCCAGCACCGAGCAGGCGGCCCCCCAGGGCUCCGAGACAGACAGCCCGGCCGGCGAGAACCAGGCCGCACGUGACGGCGAGGAGGAGGAAGAGGAGGGCGAGAGAGAAGGAGACCAGGAGGAAGACGAGGAGGAGGAGAAGAAGAGGAAAAACAAGACUGCGCCUGAUAAUGAGGAGAAACAUGUGAACAACACUGUGGCCAAAGAGCCUUUAAUCCCCACCCCGGCACCCACAGCCAAAGAGAAAGGAGAAUUUAAGCCCACAGUCAAAGGUACCGCAGCAUCUGCAAGCACCGGCGACGAGCAGCUGGCCGACGUGGAUAGCAAGCCCACAGAUGUAAAUUUAGUCUCCACUCAGGAGCCCCGUAACGACAGCGCCGAGAUGCAGAUCCCUCAAAGCUCUACCACGUCUCCAAAGAUCAGUAGCGAAGGGAAAAAUCUCUGGCCUUUCUACGUCCACACCGACCGAACAAACUUGUCCAACGUGACGCGGACCUCUCAGCCCGGGAUGGGCAGGAUGGUGUGGAUCGUCCCCUUGGUUGUGGUGUCUGCUCUCACCCUGCUGUGCCUCAUCAUGCUCCUGAUCGUGAUGAUUUACUGGAGGAGAUUUUUCCAGACAGCUCACUUCUAUGUGGAGGAGAGCAGCUCCCCUCGGGUGGUGGCCAAUGAGAGCAUCCCAAUCAUUCCCAUACCAGACGACAUGGAGGCCAUUCCUGUUAAACAGUUUGUUAAACACAUCAUGGAGCUCUACAAGAACAACAUGCAAGGCUUCGCUGAGGAGUUUGAGGAGGUCCAGCGCUCCACAGCCGACCUGAAAAUCACAGCAGAACAUUCCAAUCAUCCCGACAACAAGCACAAAAACCGAUACAUCAACAUCGUGGCCUACGAUCACAGCAGGGUGAAAUUACGAGCUUUAGCGGGAAAAGAUGCCAAACAUUCGGAUUACAUCAACGCUAACUAUGUGGAUGGUUACAAUCGGCCCAGAGCUUAUAUAGCUGCUCAGGGUCCUCUGAAGUCGACGUUCGAGGACUUCUGGAGGAUGGUGUGGGAGCAGAACACCGGAAUUAUCGUCAUGAUCACAAACCUCGUGGAAAAAGGCAGAAGGAAAUGUGACCAGUACUGGCCCACAGAAAACAGCGAGCAGUAUGGAAACAUUGUGGUGACACUGAAAAGCACCAAAGUCCACGCCUGCUACACACUGAGACGCUUCCUCAUCAGAAACACUAAAGUUAAGAAGGGUCAGAAGGGGAAUCCCAAAGGGAAGCUGAAUGAGCGCGUAGUUGUCCAGUAUCACUACACCCAGUGGCCUGACAUGGGAGUUCCAGAGUACACGCUUCCCGUGCUCACCUUCAUCAACCGCUCGUCUGCAGCUCGCACCGCAGACAUGGGCCCUGUGCUGGUGCACUGCAGUGCCGGGGUCGGGCGCACCGGAACGUACAUCGUCAUCGACAGCAUGCUGCAACAGAUCAAGGACAAAAGCACAGUCAGCGUCCUGGAUUUCCUCAAGCAUAUCCGCACACAACGCAACUACCUGGUCCAGACCGAGGAGCAGUAUGUUUUCAUCCACGACGCCCUGAUGGAGGCCAUACUGUGCCGGGAGACGGAGGUGCCCGCCUGGCAGCUGCACAGCUACGUCAACAGCAUCCUGACGCCCAACUCGACGGGCCGCACGCGGCUGGAGAAGCAGUUCAGGCUGCUGACUCAGUGCAACACGCGCUUUGUGGAGUGUUUUAGUGCCCAGAAAGACUGCAACAAGGAGAAGAACCGCAAUUCCUCAGUGGUUCCCUCGGAGCGAGCAAGGGUCGGACUCACCACUCUGCCUGGCAUGAAAGGAACAGAUUACAUUAAUGCAUCCUACAUAAUGGGCUACUACAGGAGUAAUGAGUUCAUCAUUACCCAGCAUCCUUUGCCCCACACCACCACAGACUUCUGGAGAAUGAUUUGGGACCACAACGCUCAAAUUAUCGUAAUGCUGCCUGACAACCAGGGCCUGGCUGAAGAUGAAUUUGUUUACUGGCCGAGUCGCGAAGAGGCCAUGAACUGCAUCGCCUUCACCGUCACACUCAUCAGUAAAGACAGACUGUGCCUCUCCAACGAGGAGCAGAUCAUCAUCCACGACUUCAUCCUGGAGGCCACGCAGGACGACUACGUCUUGGAGGUCCGACACUUUCAGUGCCCCAAGUGGCCGAAUCCUGACGCUCCUCUCAGCAGCACCUUCGAGCUCAUCAGUGUCAUCAAAGAGGAAGCCAUGACCCGCGAUGGCCCCACUAUCGUGCACGAUGAGUACGGCGCGGUGUCGGCGGGGAUGCUCUGCGGGCUCACCACGCUGUCGCAGCAGCUGGAGAACGAGGGCGUCGUGGACAUCUAUCAGGUGGCCAAGAUGAUCAAUCUCAUGAGGCCGGGAGUCUUCACUGAUUUAGAGCAGUACCAGUACCUUUACAAAGCCAUGCUGAGCCUGGUCGGUGACAGAGAGGGCGGCCUGAGCCCCAUGCACAUGGACACUAAUGGGGUGGCGGUGAUCGCGGACGAGUCGGACCCUGCUGAGAGCAUGGAGUCCCUCGUCUGAGGACAUUGUUCCAGGCACUUGAUUUGUAAAAAUCCGAGAACUUAUCUGAGGCCUUUUUUGCCAGACUAUUGAUUAAAUGAAUAACCUUAUUACUUUUUAUACUGAUAAAAGUUUUUUGAUAUUUAUGUUUUUGGUCUUAAAUGUUAUCCUGCUGAGCGUUUGCACCUGUUUUAAGUUGACACGAGGAAAAAAAACAAAACAAAACAAAAACAAACAAGCAACUCUGUCCAGUUUGCACUAUACUAUCAGUGUUACUGCCUAACUCCAGUGAGGGAAAACCGUCUUCGAUCCCGCACUGGGAUCUCUGAGCGCGUCGAGAUCACCCUGAAGCAUGAAGAUCAGGACGAGUUGAGGCGAUCCAAAAGGAAAAGUCACGUCAUAACAUAACACAGCCCAGCAUGACUUCUGUCACUUCGUCACUUCAAACUAACUGAGGCUUUUCUUUCUUUUUGUUUUUAAUCACACACCAGAAGACUCAUACCUGCCUAUAUAUUAUUGUCCCAGUAUCUCACUGCUGUCUAGUAAAAUGUACUUAUGGCUUAUUUUGUUAAACUGUGUUACAACAUCUAAUGUGAACAUUUAUUGCUUUUUACAGGGAUUUAUAUUGUUAUUGUUUUGUAAUAUAUCGCUAUAUAUAUAUAUUAUAUCCUUAAUAUCCAACCAAUGUUUUUUCUUUUUGUUCUUUCGGCCUCUUUGUCCACUGGCUUUGCUGUAAAUUCAUAUCUUUGGGAAAUCUAUAGUUUUUUUGUCAUGUAUAAACUACACAUUUCCAGCAAUAUUUUCUUCCUCCAAAAUUUUAUUUAGUUUUUUUUUUUUUUUUUUUUUUUUUUUAACGUUUGCAGUCAAAACUCAAAAGCUAACACAUGUAGUGAUUCUCUGUACUUACACAAACCAGUGCCCUCACAAAGUUCUCACUCUCCUUGAAGUUAUGUUGUUUUUCUGUUGAUUCACUGUGGGGGAUUGUAAUUUAGAGAAUAAUUAAACAAAACAACUUUGGCAUCAAUGUGAAAAUGAAAUAUGACGGAUAUGUCCAGAUUAGGAACAAUUACCUGAAAUUGAUUGCACAAAUGCUCCUGCUCUUUAAUGGGUUGUUCUUUGUGUAGCUCUGGGCUUCUGGCGGCUGCAUUUUAUCUCAUAAUUCCAUCAGAUGCUCCUGAACCUUCCCAGAUAUUCAGGGCAGAUCGUACUUGGCUUGUCUCGGACCCCUGCACUGCUGUUUUACAGAUGUUUAGAACAGUUAAACCCAGAAUUCUUUAUAUCACAGGCAAAUUCAGGCAAUGCACAGGAAGGACCAUUGUGGGGAAAAAAAGUAAAAAAAUAAAAAAAUCUGUUUUUAUUUACAUUUGAACAACAACUGGCAUGACCAAAAUUAUCCAUACCUGUCUCUGUAAUCUGUAGAGGAAGCCUUCCGUUGGCUAUUUGAAACACUUGCCAUAAGCGACCAGCUUUUCGCCUGUCCGCGCUGGUUAUUUCUGCCCAAUAUUUUCAGCAGUGAGCUUCAGCUCUUUCAGGUUGGAGGGUCUUUCCAUCAGUAUGAAUAAUUUUGGACAUGAUUUUGUUCAAAUGUGAAUAAAAGCUGAGAUUUGUAUUUAUUUGCCCCAAUAUGAGGCUUAUUGAACAUUGUCUUAUUCUCUUUUGGGAGACGCUUUAAGUUAAAAUUUGCCUUGGUUAAAGUAAGAUUUUGGGCUUAGCUGUAAAUUAGAAGAAAUGUGCAGCAGACUAAAUGAGUGUAGUUGACAGAGAAGACGCUGAUCAGUGCCUUGGAAGAGUGUUUGAUUCCUCUCCCUGUUGGAUCGUCUUUAGUUAUGCUAUAAUAUUCAUCUGUCUUCAUAAUGAAGUUUUUGUUUUUCACAGAUGUCGACAAACUCUCUCCUUGAGUUUUUUUGGCUUUUAGUUUAUUUAGCCUUAUAUUAGCCAUUCUUGUAGAGAUGGAAAUUUGUGCAAUCGGUUUUUCCUUAUUUUUAAUACUGAUAAACCUGCUUUGAACAGAUAGAAGAACAAGGGUGGGAACUUUCUGUAGGCGCUGUAGUUUCUUUUAGGGGGAUCAAUGCUUUAUUUGUAACCAAAGACGUGGUUCCACUUUGCGACGUGUGAGUGGUUUUGUCCUGAGAUCUGUUGAAUCGACUGGAGUCUAAAACGGUCACUCAGCAGGUUUCUGCUGUGAACUGGAGCCGAGUGAAGCUCGUUUCUGCCGUCGCCUCGGUAAACUCCCCUUCCAGUAGAUAAUCAGACUCUUUCCUCACGUUGGAAAACAAGGAUUUAAAUUCAUACUGUAAAUUGUAUUUUAUCUGGACUGAUAAUCCUCCUCUGCAUUACCUUGUUGCUAUAAUUAUAAGCCCUUUUCGAACCCUGAACGCCCCUCGCUCCUGAUUGAUUUGCGUGCUUUUUAACGACAGCAUUUUUAUUUUUAUUUCCUUUCCUGAUUCCAUCCACUUCUCUACAAAGGGGGAGUUUGUUUAACCCGCUUAAAACUCUCCAACAUUUGGAGAAAAGUCAAAAGUCCUGACCACUCUGCUUUGAAACCUUUUUCUUUUUUCUUUUUUUAACACCAGAUUCUGGUUUUCAUCAGAAACGGCCUCCUCCUUGUUUGAUAUUUCUGCUCACAUUUAAAACAUGAGUGCUGUAGCUGCACACAUUGACUGAAAAAGAAAAAAAAAACAAAACAAAAAAAAAAAACCUGUAAACCUUUGUGAUCACAGAAGUUUAUAUUUUCAUACAAAGAUUUGGUUUGUGAAGUGGCCCUGUGACAGAUUGUACUUUUUGUGGAAAAGAUUCCUGUCUGAAUUGCUGCAGUUGCUUCACUGACGUUCAGAUCAGAUUUUCUUGACAUUUGGUUAAAUGGUCCAGAGAGCCAGUGUGUUUGCUUCAGCUCAUUUCAGCCAGGUUGGUAGUUAAGUCUAUUUUAUAACUCAAAAGAGAAAAAGGAAAAAAAGCAAAAAAGGAAAAAAAAAAAAAA